AUGCCGACAAGAGGUCCAGAAUACCUGUCAGCAUGGUCGCGCGCGAGCGCUCGAUUCCGAAAAACGUUCAUCGAAAACGAUUUCGGGCAUAAAUGCGAUGUGUGCGAUCGUAUAUGGUUCCGACAAGACCUCAAAACAAUCGUAAGCUCGACAGCCCAUUUUCUAGCGAACCAUUUCCCGGGUGAAAAUACGUCAGAAUUCAAACUCUGUUCUUCCUGCAACAAAACCUGCAGGACAGACAAAAUUCCGCCGAUGAGUCGGACCAAUGGGUAUAUGUACCCCCCAAAGCCGUCAGGCCUUCCGAAACUUGAUCCGAUAAGCGAAAGAUUAGUCUCCCCGAGAAUUCCUCACAUGCAGAUCCGUCGUUUACGACCUCACGGUUGCUACGGAAUCAUCGGACAAGUAAUUAAUGUCCCGGUCGAUGUCAAAACCAUGGUUUACAGUUUACCUCGAGAUUUGGACGACGAUCAUGCUUUCAACGUGAAUUUUAAAAAGAGUUUAAUCCACAAAUCAACCUACUUGAGCGGAUAUGUGAAGAAAUCAACCGUGAUUGCCUGGUUGCAAUAUUUGAUCGAUCAGCCUCUUUACAAACACUACGAUAUCAAAAUAGAUUGGCACGAUUUGGACAAUCGAAUAUCGAGUACUGAAGAGCAUGACGACGAAGACAUCGAAUCACUCACAGACCACGAUACGAACGAAUUCGAGCUCAUUAACUCGCGCCAACAAACAAUGAUGUGGAACGAGGAUUCGUGUUUAGAUAUUGCUCCGGGACAGCACUCAAAAUCCGAGAGUCUGAUUUUUGAUACCUAUGCGGAGGAAUUGUCAUUUCCGGCGAUAUACUUCGGCGUCCCUCGAAAUAUCAAGGCCGGUGUGAGGGCCACAGCAUACACAAUGUGUAUGUCUGAGAUUCGACGCAAUGAUAGGCGGGGAGUGACUCCACAACAUGUUCUCUUCAUGGCGAUGAAAAUACUUCGCUUGCGAAUACAUGAUGGUAUCCAGAAUAUGUAUCGGUGUUUGCGCACAACCGAAAAAUUAACACGAUCCAUGAUCGAAAAUCGUCAAUUCGUGGAACAAUUGAUUGAAACCAAUCAGGCAUUUCUGAGAACAAUUCCCAACUCUGCUCAAUACUGGGCAUCCCGGAAAAAGGAUCUAUUCGCCAUGAUACGGCAACUUGGGAAGCCAACAGCAUUUUUGACACUCAGCGCAAACGAAAUUCGUUGGCCACAUUUGCUUCGCGUCUUGCACAACCUUUCCGAUGAGUUCAAAUCGCUUGGAGUCGAUAUCGAAGAGACGAAGAUAUUCGAAAAACUUGAUGGAUACAAACGAGCUUACUUAGUCGCGGAAGACCCCGUUACCUGCUGCAUUUAUUUUCACAAAUUACUCCGAGUCGUGAUGGCAAUAUUAUGCACUAAGCAAUCGUACAACCCAUUCGGGAAACAUAGAGUUCUGGAUUAUUUCUUACGAAUCGAGUUCCAAAAUAGGGGAAGCCCUCAUGCCCAUAUUCUUUUGUGGGUGGAAAACGAUCCUGCUGAGGAUCUUAGCGAGAACAUGCCGCGAACGCUACAGCUGAUAACGGAUCUGUGUAGCGUCGAUAAAGUCGAUCUUCCUGAUGAAGAUAUGAUUAGCAAUCAGACCCACUCCCAUACAUUCACUUGUACGAAACGCGGUGAAAAGCACUGUCGGUUCAACAUUCCGUUUUGGCCGAUGCAUUGCACACGAAUCCUGAUUCCUCUGAACAAGGAAGAUCCGCGGCGUAAAUUCUUGAAGGAACGAGUGAGAAAUGCUCGAGAUAAACUCGAAUCAAAAGUUUACAACACCAUCGAUGACUAUAUGAGUGACAUCAAUUGCGAUCUCGAGGCAUACUUGACCAUGAUCCGAUCAACACUGAAACGUCCGACCAUCAUAUUCAAGAGAGAUAUGACGCAAACGUUUAUCAAUACGUUCAAUCCUUGGAUAGCGUCGGUUCUCAAUUCGAAUACGGAUCUGCAAAUGAUCCUCGAUCCUUAUUCGUGUGCAGCAUACAUUGUGGAGUAUGUGAAUAAGUCCGAUCGUGGAAUGAGUAAUUUUCACAGGGAGCUCAUGAAUAUCCAUGAAACGAAUCCUGAAUAUGAUCAAUCACAACUCAUGUCCAAGGUGGGGCUCAAGCUUCUGAACAGCGUCGAGAUGUCAGCUCAGGAGGCCGCGUGGUAUUUGCUGCGUCAACCCAUGAGUUGGGCAUCGAGGACGACAGUUACAAUACCCACGAUGUGGCCUCAGGAGAGGCAUAAGGCACAGAAGCGGAGAUCGACAAUGGACGCACAAAAUAUUACAGCUGAUAGCACGGAUAUUUGGACGAAAUCAAUCAUAGAAAAGUAUGAAGAGCGUCCGUCAUCAUUGGAGGAUGUGUGUCUCGCUCAGUUCGCGGCGUGCGAUGAAUAUGAGACGAUUGGUAUGGAGUAUAGACGACGCGAAACACCGAGAAUCAUAAGGUAUCGGAAUUACGAUAAAGCGGACCUGUACAACUAUAAACGGGAAAUGGUAUCACUGUAUUUCCCGUUCCGAAGUGAACUCGUUGACGUGAUCGAUCGCGACAAGUUUCUUGAAGUCUACGGGGAAAAUGAAUCUCUGAUCAUGGAACGACGGAAAGAGUUCGAGAACAACUUGGACAUCGAUUCCCUGAUGAAAGAGAUAGAGGCAAUGUGCGGUAUGAAUGAGCAGAUAGUCGACUCCAACGACAGCCUACCAUCAUCAGCGAUAAUGGAUGCGAAUUUCGUGACAAAUGAUGAUGAUUUUGGACAAUACGACAAUGGCCCAACAAUCAGCGCAGUGAAACGUCGAGAUAACAUCAUGAGCAAAACUGAUUAUUGUGCUCUCAUCCGACAGAUGAAUUCCGAGCAACGCGAACUGAUAUUGGAAGUUAUACAUCGCAUACACUGCCAGAGAAGCGAACCUCUACAAAUAUUCCUGACAGGCCCAGCUGGCUGUGGGAAAACAUUCACUCUGAAAGCAUUGAUGGAAACAUACAACCGAUAUACACAGGAGCAUAACUCAUUGAAUAAUGCAUGUAUCGCCACAGCAACAACAGGAAAAGCAGCGGUCGGAUUGAAUGGACUCACACUUCAUUCAGCUUUCCGCUUGACAACAUCGAAACAGACAAAAAGUUUGUCCUACGAUACCCUGCAAACAUAUCGACAUACUAGCAUUUUACGGAAUAUCAAAUGUGUGAUAAUCGACGAAAUAAGUAUGUGUGGAUCGCAUCUCCUCCACUCGGUCAACUCGCGACUGCAACAAAUGGUUGGUGAUUACAUCAAUGUAUUUGGUGGAUUAGAUCUCAUCGCCUGUGGAGAUUCGAAGCAACUUCCACUUGUGAAUGCAGCCCCAGUAUACAGCGCGACAAAUCAAGAUCUGGGAAAGAAAGCAAUCUUGUGGCAAUCAUUGGAUUAUUAUCCACUGACACAGAUCGUUCGUCAGAAAGAUGCGAACUUCUCCUCAGUUCUAACAAAGAUUGGGUCGGGGGAGGAGUUGAAUACCGAGGAGAUUGAGAUGAUCCAAUCGCGGUUCAGGUCGCGACAAUGGUGCCAAGACAAUAUUCCAGACUCAGUGAUACGGCUAUUUUUUAAUAAUACCCAAGUCGACGGAUACAAGGACAUAAUCGCGAAAGAUCAUUACACUGGGUAUUCAACAGAAACCGAACGACGGGAUGCUGUAGGAAGAGUCCAUCGAAUGCAAACAAGAGACACAGGAGGAUUACCGUAUAGAAUCAGAUUUUCGAAAGGAUACCCGUAUCUGUUGACAGUUAACAUUGAUAUCGAAGACGGACUUGUCAACGGUGCAAUUGGCACACUCCGUUAUAUCGAACACGUGCCGGAUCGGAAUGAUGAAAACGAAUCCUACCACGGCACCAAGAAGAACCUGUCCGUCGCCAAAUUCCUGCGCUACAGAUACCAGCCCGGAUCGACUGUGUCAGAGAAUCUCUUAAACUACAAGAAGAUCGUUUACGAGAUGAACCAGUCAGGAUUCGCGCUCGAUGAUGACCUGACCACUUCCCGUCUGCUUGAAUCUCUGCCAGCGUCCUGGGAACCCUUCAGGCAAGCUUGGAGUGCCCGUACCGACAAGGAUAAACAACUGGAUAUCCUGACGGCUUCCAUCCAAGCUGAGGCA